AUGAAAUUUGGAUAUGACAAGUGUGCCAAGAUCAUCUACAAGAAAGGGAAGAAAACGACCAGCCAGAACAUUGAACACCUCAACAUCAAGGAAUUGGACGACAUUGAAAAGUACAAAUACUUAGGACUGGACCAACAUCUAAUACGAGACACAAAAGAACUGAAAGAUAAAACAGAGAAGAAACUACAUACAAGAAUAAACAAGAUCCUAAACACAAGUCUGAAUGGAAAAAACAAAGUGAAAGCCGUAAACACCUGGGCAAUACCAACAAUAACCUACACAUUUGGGGUAAUACAGUGGUCGCAAACAGAUCUAGAGAGAAUCGAUAGAAAAAUCAGAACCGAUAUGACAGCAAACCGAAUCCAUCACACAAAUGCGUCAGUCAUCAGACUCUACCUACCACGACGAUCCGGAGGAAGAGGACUCUUGAACUUGGAACACCUCUGGAAGAAACAAAUCAUCAACCUGCGGAAAUAUUUCAAAGAAAAACAAACUCCACUACUCAAAGUCAUCUGCGAAAUAGAUUCCUACUCACCACUGAAACUGAAGAACAAUGAUGAACCAACCCAAGCCCCAACAAUAAGAGAAAAGAGAGAAGAAUGGCAAGGAAAAGCACUACAUGGCAAAUACCCAAAGGCAUUGGACUCAGGCCAUCAAACAGAAUCAACAAGCUGGCUCACCUCUGGAAGUCUAUAUGGAGAAACAGAAGGCUUUAUGUGUGCUAUCCAGGAUGGUGUCAUUAGUACAAAAAACUACAAAAAAUGUAUCCUGAAAGAAGACAUUGACGACCAUUGCAGAAUGUGCAAAACUGCACCAGAAACUAUUCAGCACAUAACAUCAGGCUGCCCCACGAUAGCACACACAGAGUACCUGAAACGCCAUAACCUCACUGCUGGAAUCCUUCAUCAGAAAAUCGUAACUAAACUGAAACUGCAAGAAUCUGAAGACUCAUAUUACACAUAUGUACCACAACCAGUCAUUGAAACAGACAGCUGGAAAGUGUACUGGGACAUCACGAUUCGAACGGACAAGACAGUAGCGGCCAACAGACCUGACAUCGUACUCCAUGACAAACAGAGGAAAGAAGCCUUCUUCAUAGACAUUGCCCACCCAAAUGAUAAUAACCUGGAAAAAACGGAAAGAGAGAAAAUAACAAAGUAUUUUGAACUCAGUCAAGAAUAUAAAGCAAUGUACAAACUAAACAAAGUGACAGUCCUCCCCAUCAUCAUAACAUCAACAGGAAUAAUAAGCAAAAACAUGGAAACCUACCUCAGUAAGAUACACCUUGACAACAAACCCAUGAUCCGGCUAAUGCAGAAGUCUGUCAUCCUUGAAACCUGUAGAAUAGUCCGGAAGUUCCUGAACAUUCAAGAAUAA